AUGGGACGCGCUGCCUCUCUACCCUGCAGGAGAGGAACCACCUAUGUCACAGAGCUCUAUGAGUGGUUAAGAACAUUUAUGAAUGAGUGCCCUAGUGGACUGAUCACUCUGCAUGAGUUCCGGAGACACUUCUGUAAGGGUACUGUGGGCAAUGAGUCAGCUGAGUAUGCGGAGCAGAUAUUCCGUACCUUGGAUAAUAAUGGGGAUGGGGUUGUUGACUUCCGGGAGUAUGUGAAAGCCAUCAGUAUGCUGAUUGAAGGUACCCCAGUGGAGAAACUACGCUGGUCCUUUAAACUCUACGAUAAAGACAAAGAUGGAGCCAUAUCACGCAGGGAGAUGCUGGAGAUCAUGCAGGCUGUGUACAAGAUGAGCGUGGCAGCCUCACUCACCAAGCCUAACCCGCUUACAGCUGAGGAGUGCACCAACAGGAUAUUUGCAAGAUUGGAUAAAGACAACAAUGCCAUCAUAAGCCUGGAGGAGUUCAUCGAGGGGGCCCUGGAUGAUGAGUGGAUAAGGGAAAUGCUGGAGUGUGACCCCAACAUUGUGAAGGUUGAGAGGCCCCCCAAGGGCCACAUCUUGCUUCAUUAA